AUCCGACUCUCUCCAGUCAAGUUUGCAGCCCGCGAGCGCAGCGCGUCGCCAGUGACCGUUUUGCGGCGAGUCAAGUUUACAGCGCUGAAACAGGAGCGAUGGAACAGCCCACGGCGUCCGGCGAUUUGGCCGACCUGUAUUCCGUGAUCCCCUACAAUGGCAGCUUCGAGGACGACCCAGUGGACUUCUAUCCGAACGGAAACGGCACGGAUCAGAGCCCGGUGAAAAGCGCUACGGGUAUAAUAAUCGCGAUAUCCAUAACGGCCCUCUACUCGGUCAUCUGUGUGGUGGGACUUCUUGGGAACAUUCUCGUGAUGUACGGAGUGGUGAGGUACACGAAGAUGAAGACCGCCACCAACAUCUACAUCUUCAACCUGGCCCUGGCCGACGCCCUGGCCACCAGCACCCUUCCGUUCCAGAGCGCCAAGUACCUGAUGAAGACCUGGCCCUUCGGCGAGCUCAUCUGCAAGGUGGUGAUCGCCAUCGACUACUACAACAUGUUCACCAGCAUCUUCACGCUCACCAUGAUGAGCGUGGACCGCUACAUCGCCGUGUGCCACCCGGUGCGGGCGCUGGACUUCCGCACGCCCCUCAAGGCCAAGAUGAUCAACGUCUGCAUCUGGAUCCUCUCGUCCGCCAUCGGGGUGCCCAUCAUGGUGAUAGCCGUCACCAAGGACAACGACAAAGGUAAAACCAUCUGCACGCUGCACUUCCCCGACCCCGACUGGUACUGGGACAUGGUGACGAAGAUCUGCGUCUUCAUCUUCGCGUUCGUAGUGCCGGUGCUGGUGAUCACCAUCUGCUACGGCCUGAUGAUCCUGCGCCUGCAGAACGUGAGGCUCCUCUCCGGGUCCAAGGAGAAGGACCGCAACCUCCGGCGCAUCACGCGCAUGGUGCUGGUGGUGGUGGCCGCCUUCAUCAUCUGCUGGACGCCCAUCCACAUCUUCAUCAUCGUCAAGACGCUGGUGGACAUCGACCAGAAGAACCCCUACGUGCUGGCCAGCUGGCACCUGUGCAUCGCCCUGGGGUACACCAACAGCAGCCUCAACCCCGUCCUCUACGCCUUCCUGGACGAGAACUUCAAAAGGUGCUUCCGGGACUUCUGCCUGCCGUUCCGCUCCCGGAUGGACCAGAACAGCUUCUCGCGGGCGCGGACCACGGUGCGGGAGCCGGUGUCGGUCUGCGCCCCGGCGGAGGCGGGGAAGAAGCCGGUAUGACUAGAC